CUUGCCUGCGACCCUGUAGGACAGGGUAAGCGGCUACAGAUAAUGACUUCUCAGGGAGUUUUUCCUUGCUGCUGUUUUGCUCAUUAGGGACCUAAAGCUAUGUUUGGAUUUCUGUAAAGGUGCUUUGCGAUGAAGUCUGUUGUUAAACGCGCUAAACAAAAAAAACUGAGUAACAGUGGAGUUGAUCAAUGUUAUAACGAUACACAAGCUGUCCAGGAGAAGUGUAGGGACUACUGCACUUUAGCGAGCGCUAAAAUCCGUGAAGUCACGCUAACCCUAUCCCUCAAACAACCAAUCCCAAAGCACAGACAAACACCAGUUUUGAUGAAGCAGCAGAAGGCUCUUCCUCGCAUUCACCUUUCGUGCUCUGGCAUGAAUUUCUCUGAGCUCCUGAAGCAAUCCAACCAGCUGUGCAAACUCUCCCCUGAUGGAAAGUAUUUGGCCACUUGUGUUCAGUAUCGCCUGGUAGUGCGGGAUGUCAAGACUCUGCAGAUUUUACAGCUUUACACCUGUCUGGACCAGGUGGCACACAUGGAGUGGUCUUCAGACUCCCUCUUCAUCCUCUGUGCUAUGUACAAAAGAGGGCUUGUACAGGUGUGGUCUCUGGAGCAGCCAGACUGGCGCUGUAAAAUAGACGAAGGCUCGAUCGGACUAGUCUCCUCACGCUGGAGUCCAGACGGACGUCACAUACUCAACACCACCGAGUUUCACUUAAGAAUCACAGUCUGGUCUCUUUGCAACAAAUCUGUCUCCUACAUCAAAUACCCUAAAGCCUGCCAGAAAGGGAUGGACUUCAGUGCAGACGGACACUACAUGGCCCUAGCUGAGCGACGAGACUGCAAAGAUUACAUUAGUAUAUUUGUUUGCGAUGACUGGCAUCUCCUCAGGCAUUUUGAAACAGAAACCCAGGAUCUAGCAGGGGUGGAGUGGUCUCCUAAUGGCUGUGUGCUUGCAGCGUGGGACUCUUGUCUUGAGUACAAAAUGCUGCUGUAUUCCCUGGAUGGGCGUCUGCUGUCAACCUACAGUGCUUAUGAAUGGUCACUGGGCAUUAAAUCGGUCGUCUGGAGUCCCAGUAGCCAGUUUCUGGUCAUUGGCAGCUAUGAUGAGAAGGUUCGGAUCCUGAACCACAUCACCUGGAAGAAGCUUGUCGAGUUUGAGCAUCCGGUUACAGUCGCUAACCCCAAAGUUGUGGUAUACAAGGAGGUGGAGAAAAAGCCUGUUGUUGGCAUCGAGGAUUUGUCCAAUCAUCACAUCACCAUGACAAGUUCCUCAUUCAACACACAGAGCAAAUAUGAGAUUGCUCAAUUGCCAGUCCACGUGUCAGUGGUGAAGCCUGAUCCAGAUCGUGCCAACCCCAAAAUCGGAAUCUCUGCUGUUGCUUUUAGCGCAGACAAUCACUACCUUGCCACAAAAAAUGACAGCAUGGCGCAGUGUGUGUGGCUGUGGGACAUGCAGAGGCUCAGCCUGCAAGCCGUACUAGAACACACGUCAGCCGUGCGCUGCUUCGCCUGGGACCCGCGCCGGCCACGCCUGGCACUCUGCACCGGAAACACCAAACUCUACCUGUGGUCCCCAGCUGGCUGUGUUUCAGUCAAAGUGGAAGUGGAAGGUAUAGGUUUACAGGUGCAGUCACUGUUUUGGCACUGCGAUGGAGAAUCUCUGAUCCUGCUGGGGAAAGAUCAGCUGUGUGUGUGUUACAUGGCCACAGACGAGGAGAAGUGAGUGCUAAGGAAAAGCCAACGGCUACACUAAACUAGUUACCAGCAUUGACCACUUCCGUCUUAAAUCGAUCAAAGUAAUUGCUGUCUACCAGGGGGCAGACCAACACCAGUGUAUGUACAAGUAAAAGCUCAUCAACUCCUGUGCUAUGAAUGUAGAAGUCCCUACACUGAACAGAAGAUCUCGGACUAUGCACCCUGGCAAAAUCAUUACAUUCCCUAUAGGGUGUACUCUUCCCCUCUGCCAAGAAUGAGACGUUCUUUGAGGGACUCACGAAAGUCAUCAUAGUGGUACUCUUGUUAUAGUAUUAAUCAGGAGAUCAUGAAUUUGAAUCCUGACAUUGCCUCAGCCAUGUGCUCUGGGUGGGCGGGAUCUUAUACUGUGACACUAGCCAAUCACAGGAGUCUGUGAACUCGUAUGUUGAAGAGGGUAGAUAGCAUUAUCCUACCCUGGACCAUGAGUAGCAGUUAGCUCCUUUCAUACAUUUUUGAAGAAGCACAUGGUUACUCCACCCUCUCCAUUUAGUCGCUGUUAUAUGGGAAUUGGCAGGUGACCAAAUUAGUAUGAAAUGGAGGGGAUUCUCUCUACAACUUUAUCGUGCAAGGAUUGACGUUUUCCUGUUCUGAGAACUCUAAAAUGUUUAAAAAGUUUAAAAAGUUUACUCUAAUACCAAUUUACAUCCUCUCUGAAGACCUUAGAACAUCAGACAGGAGAAAUUUCACCUUCACUAAGGUUUUCCAAUAUUUUGUGAUCAGACCCACCUCACUACACAUUCUUCUCUGAUAAACGAAUAAUCCAAGGAAUCGUUUAAGUUCAGACAGUGUUAACGACUUGAGUAAAUGACACAAUGAAUCCUUGGAUGACUGAAGAGCAGAGUACGGUAAAUAAGUGUGCUAAUAAGGGCUGGAUUUUUCCAUAGAAAAAUAGCACUGCUGUGCUUGACAGCUACAUGUUUAAAGGAACAGUCCACCGUAUUUCCAUAAUGAAAUAUGCUCUGUACCUAUCCGAGCUUUGCGCGACCUCCCAGUCAGUCAGACGCGCUGUCACUCCUGU